CUCCUCCGUCUUCCUAACCGACUCUGCUCCCAUUUCUCUGGAAGGUCGUCAAUGGCUUCUCUGAAACGCGAAAUUCCUGGCGAUGCUGAAGCAGAGCAGGAGCCCAAGAAGACGAGGACGGCUGGAGAUGUCCCGGCACCGGCAGCGAAGCUGCGCGUGGAGCUCAAUCCUGCUGACUGCAACUUAGAUUUCAACAUAGAUGGCAAUGGUCUUGGAGGAUCCGGCUUUCAUGAUGGUGGGUUUGCUUAUUGCUGGUCUGGGGCCCGUGCAACCACUGGAAUCAGUGGAGGGAAGUAUUGUUUUGGUUGCAAGAUUGUAUCAAUUCAGCCAGUUGACAUGCCUGACACUCCCCCUAAAGAUCAACAUCUGUGCCGGAUCGGUGUCUCCAGAGGGGAGGAACCUGUAGGGAACCUUGGAGAGACCCAACACAGUUUUGGGUUUGGGGCAACAGGAAAAUUCUCAAAUGCUGGAAAAUUUUUGGAUUAUGGUGAAAAAUUUGGGGUUGGUGAUACGAUUGUUUGUGCUGUCGAUCUUGAGAGUGAACCUCGGACUUGCAUUGGUUUCUCAAAGAAUGGUAAAUGGUUGGGAGCUUCCACGGAAUUUUAUGGCUGUCUAUCGGGGCUUAUGAUGAGCAAACCUUCACUGAGAAAGCAUCAGUGGGAAUUGGCUCUAUUUCCACACGUUCUGCUGAAAAAUGUUGUUGUCGAGCUGCAAUUCAGUCUUGAAGAUGGACUUGUCCCUGAAGGGGGUUUUAAGCCUUGGGCUUCUGCAAUUGAGGAUGGAAAUGCAGUAAUAGGUCCCGUUUUUAGUAGCGUGAGCGAUUGUGAAGUGAUCAUGAUGGUGGGGUUACCUGCUUCUGGGAAGACGACAUGGGCCGAGAAAUGGAUCCAGGACCACCCUGAGAAGCGCUAUGUUUUGCUUGGGACAAACCUCAUCCUUGAUCAAAUGAAGGUACCAGGGCUAUACCGUAAACAAAAUUAUGGGGAGCGGUUUGAUCGUCUAAUGGACAAGGCAACUGCAAUCUACAAUACCCUUUUACCCUUGGCAGCAAAGACUCCUCGCAAUUUUAUAAUUGAUCAGACAAAUGUGUAUAAGAGUGCGCGCACACGUAAACUGAAGCCAUUUUCUUCCUUUCAAAAGAUUGCAGUAGUGAUAUUUCCAAGACCAGAAGAACUGAAGUUACGGUCUCAAAAAAGAUUUCAAGAAAUGGGAAAGGAAGUUCCAGAUGAUGCAUUGAAUUCAAUGAUAGCUAAUUUUGUUUUGCCCAUGAGCAAGGAUAUGCCUGGUUCAGAUGAGUAUUUUGACCAGGUCAUAUUUACAGAGCUCAAUAGAGAGGAGUCUCUAAGGUAUUUGAACGAGAUGAAGGAAGCAGUGGCCUGUAGGCCCAAUUCGAACAUGAAGAACAAUUUUUUAUCACCCCCUUCUUGGGAAAAAUCUGCAGCAUCGUAUACUUCCUUGCAUGAUGGACGAGCUUCAUCAGUGAUAACAGGGCCUCAUAUAAAUUCUUAUGCACUCCCAGAUCCUUUGUAUCACAAUCACCAGGCACCCCAAUUAAAUGCAUUACAGGGUCACCAACAAUCUCCUUUUCCUGGCGCCCCUCGUGGAAGCUUCCCUAGCAGUGUUUCUUCUGAUAAUAUUGGUCACAUGAGGACUGCAAUUCCUACACCUAGGGCGAGUUUGGAACAUCAUCAGAGCUACCAAUUCGAAAGUAACUACUACAACCAACCAAACAUGGCUUCCUUCUACACAUCUCAUAAUGUUCCUUCUGGUCCAUAUCGGGUUGGUGCAAAUCAACCUCCUGUUGGACUAUCUUGGACUUCGCCGGCAACCUAUAACCCUGUUGGUCAUGAUUAUGGUGUCUAUAGAAACCCCACUAGCGCUCCCCCAGUUGUGCAUGAUCCUGCCCACGCUCAGCGACCUUUGUAUAGGAGUGCUCCCGCCGUGCCUCCCCCUCCUAGAGCUAGAGGAUAUGCUCGUCCGGCCUAUUCAUAUCCAAGAUACAACUGAGCUGAGAGGGCUUUCCUUCUCACGGCAAAGUGUUCUCUGCUCCUAGUCCCACUUCACUCAUCCAAGAGAUGUUCGGGGACAUUAAACCUUGAGAUCAUCAAGUAUGGGUUCAUCAGGAAAUCAUCUGAAUGCAAGUCUCUGAUUCCCGGGAUUGUUGGUGGAUUUAUCAUCCUCGAAAACGUAGAUGCAUUUCAUUCCGGGCUUCUCUCCAAAGUUCUUUUAGGAUUUUACUUUGAUGUAUAAACUUCUAGGUGACUAGUACCUAAUGGAUGAAGGGACUUGUUCCGCCUUGAAGGGAUAGCAUGACGAGUUUCCGGAGGUGGCAGACUUGUAAUUAGUGGAAAAAGGUUCCUUGGCAACACCACUUACAUUACUCUGUAAAGAAACUAAAACUUUAAUUAAAUUUUAGUUUUUAUGUAAAGAAACAAACUCUUGAACAUUACUAUCA